ACGGCAACAGCGUCUCCAUCGCCGCCGUGCCUUCUCCCGGAGGCUCUAGCACGGCACCACGCGCACGGAGUUGGACCGCACCAGUGCUGCUCCUCCGUGAUCCAGUCCAUUGACGCUCCGGUAUCUACCGUCUGGUCCGUCGUGCGCCGCUUCGACAACCCGCAGGGAUACAAGAACUUCGUCAAGAGCUGCCACGUCGUCGCCUCGGGAAACGGCGGAGACGACGGAAUCGGAGUCGGCGCGUUGCGCGAGGUGCGCGUGGUUUCCGGCUUGCCAGCUGAGUCAAGCACGGAACGGUUAGAGAUCUUGGAUGACGAGCGCCACGUCAUCAGCUUCAGCGUCGUAGGCGGAGACCACCGUUUGAGGAACUACCGCUCCGUUACAACGCUUCACGGUGACGGUAACGGCGGAACAGUUGUGAUUGAAUCGUACGUCGUUGAUGUACCGAUCGGUAACACUAAAGAAGAGACUUGCGUGUUCGUUGAUACGAUCGUACGGUGCAACUUGCAGUCCCUCGCUCAGAUCGCUGAGAACAUGGCCAAAACAACCCCUCACAAAUGAAGCAAAA